AACCAAAGCUUGGUCUCUGAGUUCACUGACCUUUCCCACUCAGCAAUUUCUACAGGCUGAGUCAUUGAGCCUCUGCAACUUUGGAAGAGAGAAUCAUUAGCCGAAACAUUCAAGAGCCAGGGGGUCCCAGAGAGGCCUCCAAGAAGAUGAAUAUCUUCCGCCUACUCCUGGCCACACUGCUGGUCUCCCUGUGCUUCCUCACUGCCUACAGCCACCUGGCACCUGAGGAAAAGCCCAGGGAUGACAGAAGCCUAAGGAGCAACUCCUCCGUGAACCUGUUGGAUUUCCCCUCUGUCUCUAUUGUAGCGCUGAACAAGAAAUCCAAAAAGAUCAGCAGAAAAGAGGUGGAAAAGAAGAGAUCUUCCAAGAAAAAGGCUUCCAUGAAGAACGUGGCUGAGACCCGGCCCCCGCCACCCACCCCCUGCGUGGCCACUCGUGACAGCUGCAAGGCGCCGGCGCCGGCCUGCUGCGACCCCUGCGCCUCCUGCCAGUGCCGCUUCUUCCGCAGUGUCUGCUCCUGCCGCGUGCUCCGCCCGCUCUGCUGAGCGCGCCCAGCCGCCUCCAGGGGGCGGGUGAUUUCUAAUAGGUGUGGCUU